AUUGAAUUUAGCAUGGAGAGUCAUUCCUCAGAAGAAAUUAUCGUAAACGUAGUUACUCUGAGUAGCCAUACCAUACCUUUCUAUGUAGACAAGGGGAUUACAGCAGGAGAGCUAAGGGAUAAGUUCGAGCAGAGGACAGGUGUCCAGAGAAACAAUUGAGCUUUUAUUUAUAAAGGAAAAGAUUGAUACGACGAAUUUUUAUUCUCUUCUUUGCCAUUUGAUAACGGAGAUACUAUCCACUGAGUUUUCAGACAAAGGGAAGGUCAAACUUUUGAUGAGAUUUCAGAGUUGAUUCAGAAUGCUACUUUAUAGGGUUCAAUCCUCGGUA